AUGAUAGUACGUGUCGGUUAUAUUCUAUUAAUCAUUUGUAUAUUUGUACAAUGUGAUCAGGAUGAACCAGCUAAAACACAUAUUGCAAUUGUUGGUGCUGGACUUGGAGGUAUAUCAACAGCUUAUUGGUUAAAAUAUUAUUUAAAUGAUUCUGUUGCAAUAACAAUUUAUGAAUCAGAUCAAGUUGGAGGUCGAUUGAAAAAUGUAGAUAUUGAUGGAAAUGAAUAUGAAGCUGGUGGAUCAAUUAUACAUGAGAAAAAUUUAUAUAUGAAACGAUUUACUGAUGAAUUAGGUUUAAAACGACUUAAUGUACCAAGUUCAAUGCCAUAUAUAAUGACUAAUGAUGGUUCUCAAACAUUAUUUUCUACUUUAUCUCGUUAUAUUCCAAAUGUAUUUCUUAUUUUAUGGCGAUAUGGUGUUGAUGCAUUGCGUUUGAAUUUUUGGCUUGACAAAAAAUUAUCGAAUUUCGCUCGUAUAUAUGAUUAUCAAGAUAAUGGCCGAACAUUUAAUACAGUUGAAGAAUUUUUACAAAUGCUUGAUCAAGAUUUUUAUACAGCAACACGUUUUUCAUUUCGAAAAUAUUUAUUUGAAAAAGGUUUUCAUAAAAAAUUUAUUAAUGAAAUUGCACAAAUAGCAACUUUAGUUAAUUAUGAUCAAUCAGUUGAUACAAUAAAUGCUUUUCCUGGUCUUGUAUCAUUAAUGGCUUCGGCUUCUACACUUUGGCAUGUAGAAGGUGGUAAUUAUCUUGUUCCUAAAAAAAUUCUUGAAUAUCUAUUAAAACAAUCUGAUGUUCAAUUUGUCAAAGGAUAUGUUAAAAGUGUUACAGAAGUUCAUCGUAUUGAUAUAGAUGAUCAAGGUGGUAAUGUUCGUCUUUCAUAUAAACCAUUAAAUAGUGAUCUUGUACAUGCUGUUGAUUAUGAUUAUGUUAUUAUAGCUUUUCCACUUCAUCGUGAUAAUAUGAAUGAUUUUGUUUUACAAACAACUGAUAGUUUUAAUCAAUAUGAUUAUCGUAUGCAAUCAACAUAUGCAGAUUUUCUCUAUGGCAAACUUAAUUGUCAACAAUAUAAUUUAACAAAAAGUGAAUGUGAAAGAUUAAAAGCUAUUUUUUAUACAAAUCCAUCAUUACCAUAUCGUAGUGUUGCUCAACAACAAACUGUUAAUGAGAAUGAAAAACAAUAUAAAAAAAAUGACAAACCUGUAUAUAAAAUAUUUUCACCAAAUAAAUUAUCUUUAUCAGAUUAUAAACAAAUAUUUGAUAAUGAUAAUUUUCAACUUAUUCAAGAUAUACCUUGGUUAGCUUAUCCAAAAUAUGAACAUCCACAAAAAAUGCCACCGAUACAAAUAAAUAAAAAUAUUUUUUAUCUUAAUGCAAUGGAAUGGAGUUCAUCAUGUAUGGAAAUUGAAGUGAUUAGUGCACGAAAUAUUGCUAUGCUUCUUACAAAAAAAAUCGGAAUUGAACUUAAACGAAAUGAUAAACAUAUUGAAUUUUGA